UCUAAGCUGCAGCUUCUUUCAAGUUCUCAACCUCUUUGAUUUCAUUUCAAUGGCUCCACCACCAAACGACCCAAUUGCUUCUGUGAAUUCCACAACUCACUCUGCUGCCCCCAAAAGCGGGGCUUUCUCCCUCAGCGAGGGGAAGCUCUUCCUGAACAACAUUCCCCUACUCUCCGACGUGCCCUCGCAUGUCACACUCUCUCCCUUCUCCCUCCCCCACUCCACCAAUGCACCUCCCCACAUCACAGACCAAGCGCAAGCCCAAGCCCACAGGGGCUCCUUCCUCGGCUUUCGCCUUCCGCACCCCUCGCACCGCCCCGAGACCUCCCUCGGCCGCUUCGCCUGCCGCAGGUUCCUCAGCACCUUCCGGUUCAAGACAUGGUGGUCCACCAUGUGGGUCGGCUCCCGCGGCCGCGACCUCCAACCCGAGACCCAGUGGCUCCUCCUCCACGUCCCCGAGCUCGCCUCCUACGUCCUCAUCCUCCCCCUCAUCGAAAACAAGUUCCGCUCCGCCCUCCGCGCGGGCGACGACGACGAUCAUGAUCAUGUCGUGCUCUACGCGGAGAGCGGAUCUUAUUCUAUCCAAUCCAAUUCAUUCCGCCGCAUGGCGUACAUGCACGUCGCGGACGACCCGUAUGAAUUGAUGCGCGAGGCGUACCGAGCUGCGCGGGUGCAGCUCGGCACGUUCCGGCUCGUAGAGGAGAAGGCGCUGCCGGCGCUCGUCGACAAGUUCGGGUGGUGCACUUGGGACGCGUUUUACUUGACUGUUGAUCCGGCCGGGGUGUGGCAUGGGCUGAAGGAGCUCGCCGAGGGCGGCGUCGAGCCGCGGUUCCUCAUCGUCGACGACGGCUGGCAGAGCGUCAACUUGGACGGGCAGCCGCCGGACGAGGACGCCGCCCGGCGGCUCGUGCUCGGCGGCGAGCAGAUGACGGCAAGGCUCCACCGGUUCGACGAGUGCGAGCGGUUCCGCCGGUACAAGGCCGGCGCCUUGCUUCGUGAAAAUGCGCCGCCUUACGACGCUUCGCGGCCGAGGAGGAUAAUUCGCAAGGCGGCGGAGAUCGAGAGCGUGGGGAAGGCGCGCGCGAAGGCGGCCCGGUCCGGCGCCGCCGACCUGUCGAGCUUCGACGAGAAGCUCGCGGCGCUGCGGAGCGAAUUGGACCUCAUGCUUGAGGGGAGGAAAAGCGCCAUUGACUACAGCGGCGGCGACGGCGACGGCGAGUGUUCGAGUGAUCAAAUGGGCCUCAAAGCGUUUGUGAAGGAUCUUAGGACGAGGUUCAAGGGGCUAGAUGAUGUGUACGUGUGGCAAGCGCUUUGCGGGGCUUGGGGAGGGGUGAGGCCCGGCGCAACUCACCUCAAUGCGAGGGUGGUCCCCGCGAAGAUCCCGCCGAGCUUGGCCGCGACGAUGGACGACCUCGCGGUCGACAAGAUCGUCGAGGGCGGGAUCGGGCUCGUCGAUCCGGCCCAGGCCGCCGAUCUCUACGAAUCGAUGCACUCGUACCUCGCGAGCGCCGGAGUUACCGGCGUGAAGGUCGAUGUCACGCAUGCGUUGGAGUAUGUUUGCGAGGAAUACGGGGGCCGAGUCGAGCUCGCGAAGGAGUACUAUGAUGGAUUGUCCAAAUCACUUGUGAAGAACUUCAAUGGAACAGGGAUUAUCUCUAGCAUGCAACAGUGUAAUGACUUUUUCUUCCUUGGAACAUGGCAGGUUCCAAUGGGGAGAGCAGGCGACGACUUCUGGUACGAUGACCCGAACGGCGACCCGAUGGGCGUGUACUGGCUGCAGGGGGUUCACAUGAUCAACUGCUCCUACAACAGCCUGUGGAUGGGCCAGUUCAUACAGCCAGACUGGGACAUGUUCCAGACCGACCACGCCUGCGGGGCGUUCCACGGCGCGUCGCGGGCGGUCUGCGGCGGCCCCGUCUACGUCAGCGACUCCCUCGGCGGCCACGACUUCCAUCUCCUGAAGAAGCUUGUGUUCCCUGAUGGAACAGUUCCAAAGUGCAUCCACUAUGCUCUUCCCACCAGGGACUGCCUCUUUGAGAACCCUCUCUUUGAUCAGAAAACAGUUCUCAAAAUUUGGAAUUUGAACAAGUACGGAGGUGUUAUCGGAGCAUUCAAUUGCCAAGGCGCGGGGUGGGACGCGAAGGAGCGGCGGAUCCGCGGAUACUCGCAUUGCUACAAGCCGGUCGACGGUCGGGUCCAUCCGACCGACGUCGAAUGGGGCCAGAAGAAGGAGACGGCUGCGUUAGGCCGGGCUCAGAAGUACGCGCUUUACUUGCACCAGGCCAAUCGACUAGUCCUGACGAACAUAAGCUCGGGUCCGAUCGAAUUCACUCUCGAGCCGUCCGCAUUCGAGAUCUUCACCUUCGCGCCGAUCGAGGAGGUCGGCGGAGGUGUUGAGUUUGCACCAAUUGGGCUAGUGAACAUGUUCAACUCAGGAGGGACAUUGCAAGAAGUGGUGGUGCACAAUGAGGAGGGGGAGGAGGGGAUUAGGGUUAGGGUUAGGGUUAAGGGGGGAGGGGAACUAUUGGUGCACUCUAGUGUGGAGCCAAAGAGGGGAUUGGUGGAGGGAAAAGAGGUUGGAUUUGAAUGGAAAGGGGAGGGAGAGGUGAGAGUGGAUGUUCCUUGGAAUGAGGAGAGCCAUGGUGUGAGUGAUAUUGUCUUUGUUUAUUAAUAAUCAUGGUUUCAUGAAUUUAGAAGCUUCUAGAACCUUCUAAUUAGGGUUUGUUAGUUUGGCUUUUGAGGAUAAGAAAAAAGAAAUGUUUGUGUUUAAAGCACAAUAUAAAUAAAUUUUCUUUUUGUUA